AAAAUCUUCCAAUGAGUUAUCGCAAUAAGCCUAUCGUUUCUCUUCUCCCUCACCACUCAUCAAUGGCCGAUGAAAUCCUCCACGAUUUCUUCCCAGUGCUAAGAGUCUACAAAAAUGGGCGAAUCGAGAGGCUUAUUGGCGAAGAUGACGUCCCCCCAUCUCUAGAUCCAGCCACGGGAGUCCAAUCCAAAGACGUCCAAAUCGCGCCGGAGAUCAAUCUCUCCGCCCGAAUCUACCUCCCGCCCAACGCCGACCCCUCCAAAAAGCUCCCGCUUCUCGUCUACUACCACGGCGGCGGCUUCGUCAUCGGAUCCACCUUCUCCCCGCUCUAUCACAAGCACCUCAAUCACUUAGUCGCACAAGCCAACGUCGUCGCCGUCUCAGUAAAUUACCGAUUAGCCCCCGAAUUCCCGCUCCCGACUGCGUUCGAGGAUUCAUGGUGCGCUCUCAAAUGGAACGCCGAGGGAAAGGAGGAGUGGAUUAACGACUUCGCCGAUCUGAACCGUGUCUAUUUAGGCGGAGACAGCGCUGGCGCGAAUAUAGCCCACAACAUGGCAAUGCAGGUCGGGUUGGAGAAUCCAGAGGGUUUCAAUUUGCAAGGGAUUUUCCUCAAUUGCCCCUUCUUCGGGGGCGUGGAUCCUAUUGGGAGCGAAGGGGCAGAGGAAUUCAAGAGUUGGAGGGAGUCUUUUGAGAAAUUGUGGGGAUUUGUUUGCCCAGGCAUGAGAGACCGCGACGAAAGAUGGGUGAAUCCGGGUAAUGAUCCCAAGUUAUCGGGUUUGGGGUGCCGGAAAGUGAUAGUUUAUGUAGCGGAGAAGGAUUUUCUAAAGGAUAGAGGGUGGUAUUACACGGAGGUGCUGAGCAACUGUGGAUGGAAGAGAGAAAUCGAGUGCAUUGAGGUUGCAGGGGAAGACCAUUGUUUCAGUGUGAUUAAUUCGGAUAGUGAGGUUGCGAUUGACAUGAUUAAAAAAGUGGCUUCUUUUAUUAAUCAGUAAAUGUAUAAUGUUUGAUCUGUUUAUGUUGAACAUUAAAACUGAAAUAAUCAAGGUUGUUUGGUGAAUGUUAAUUCGUUCAGAUUUAGAUCAAGGAUCGUUGUGGUGAUGGUUUAUCCAUGAAUUGAUUGUUUUAUAAUAUUAUUACUCCCUUUUUAGUGUGCA